AUGAAUGGUUUGAUGAGGUUCAAACAGAAAGGGAAGCUAGCACCUCGUUUCAUUGGACCUUUCAAAAUUUUGGAUCCUGCGGGAGCCAUAGCAUACCGCCUUGCGCUACCUACCGCAUCAACAAGUAUCCACGACAUCUUUCACAUAUCCAUGUUGAAGAAUUACAUGCCGGAUGAGUCACACAUUAUUAGCUGGGAGUAUAUUGAACUUACUGAUGAGGCUUCCUAUAUCGAGGAACCUAUACGCAUCCUGGAUCGCAAGGAGAAGGUCAUGCGAACAAGGACGAUACCUUUGGUCAAGGUUCUCUGGUCGCAUCAUGGCGAGGAAGAAGAAACUUAG